AGUAAAAAAGUAAAAAGAUCAAGUUGUCAGCUCAAUGUCUUGUCGAAUAAUACAUUUUAAUUUAAAUUUUAAUGGAAAGCUUUGAAUAUUCUUAAAUCAAUUCUGGCAUUGAUUGGUUAACAAUUGUGAGUGAAAUAUUAGCUUAUUCAUUUAUGUUUACGUGGACGAGGGUCUAAAACGUUUAUUAUAUUGUAUCCCGCUGAGAAUUUCUUGUUGAUUCCAUCGCAAUUGCAACAUGGAGUUGUCACAUAGCCUUACGUUGAACGAAGACGCUCUAAGUCAGAUACCAGAGCAAAAACGUCCGGUAUUCAUCUUUGAGUGGCUUCGUUUCUUGGACAAGGUUCUCGUGGCAGCUCAAAAGUCGGAUAUAAAAGGCUGCCAAAAGAAACUAGUGGAACAGCUGACACAACAUAUACAAGACUCUCCGGGACCUCCAAUGCGAAAACUAAUCGCUCGAUGUCUUGCAACCUUGUUCUCUGUUGGUGAUACCUUUUUGUUGUUUGAAACCGUGAACAAAUGUAACGACAUUUUAAAGAACAAGGAUGAUUCGCCGAGCUACUUGGCAACCAGACUUGCGGCUAUUUGUGUCGUCGGUUGUAUGUACGAAAAACUAGGACGAAUGAUGGGGCGUUCCUAUGAAGAUACAGUACAAAUUUUGAUAAAAUCUUUAAAGAACGCUGAAUCACAAGUGCGAAUCGAAAUAAUGCUGACGUUGGAAAAGGUGUGCUCUGGAAUGAGUUCAGCGAUUUCUAAUGUCCAUAAGGACAUAUAUAAAGCAGUUCGAUAUUGUCUUACGGAUCGUGUCAUGGCAGUUCGUGUAGCUGCUUCAAAUUGUUUACUUGAAAUGACCAAACAUGCCCCGUUUCUGUAUACCACAGAACUUGAGAGUCUAGCAGCCUUGUGCUUUCGAGCAUUCGACAGCUGUAACUACGAAGUGAGAUGCGCUGUUGCUAAACUUUUAGGAACUUUGAUUGCAUGUACACAAAAUGGAAGUAUAAAAAAAUUCACUAAUAUGACAUCUUCGGCAUCGAGCACUAGAUCUUUUCGCCCGAUAUCUUUAGAUGAAGCGUUAGGUGUUUUAAUGGCUGGUUUUCUCCGUGGUGGAGUGUCGUUCCUCAAAGGAACAGGAGAAAUUAUCAAGGGAAGCUCAGGAGUUAACCGCGAAGUUCGGGUUGGUGUAACUCAUGCGUAUGUGGUUUUCGUGCAAACUAUGGGCGGCCUAUGGUUAGAACGUAACCUGCAAGCAUUUUUAAUACACGUUCUAGACCUUGUUGCAAAUCCUAAAGCUGCUUCGUCCCACAUGGAUGCUGUAUACUCGAGAAAGUGUACUAAUUUUAUGUUGCGUUCAGUGAUAGGAAAAAUGCUUGGAGAAAAAGCACAAGCAUCAGCCUGCAAGGAGUUAAUCCAUAUCAUAGCGAAACAGAUGAACUCUAUCGAUUUCAAUCCAGAGAACGCGAAAGAUUCAAACCAGGAAACAUUAUUUAGUCAACAUUUACUGGUGUGUGCGCUGCAGGAACUUGGUAGUUUGGUGCUGCUUUUAGGAACGACAGCACAAAAUCUACUCACCGAUCAGUCACUGAAUUUCAUCGAUGCAACUUGUGCAGUGUUAAUUCAUCCUUGCCUGGCUGCCAGACUAGCGGCCGCUUGGUGUUUGAGGUGCGUCUGCGUUGCUGUACCUAGCCAGAUCACACCUCUUGUUGAUCGAUUUAUAGAGGCUAUCGAGAAAAUGCGAACCUCACCAGAUGCUAUAUCUGGUUAUAGCAGCGCGCUAGCCGCUGUAUUGGGAGGCGUAAGAUAUUCGCCACUAGGCAUUCCGCAUACAAGAGGAAAGGUGAUAUUUAAUACUGCAGAAGAACUGUUACGAACAGCGAGUCAAAAUAGCCGAUUAUCCCUGAACAGAACGCAAGCUGGUUGGCUCUUGAUCGGAGCGAUAAUGACACUUGGAGUGCCUGUUGUGAAAGGUCUUCUACCACGUAUGUUGUUGCUCUGGCGCAAUGCAUUUCCUCGCUCCACCAAAGAACUCGAUUCGGAAAAAGCCCGUGGAGAUGCUUUCACCUGGCAGGUCACACUCGAAGGUCGUGCGGGUGCUUUGUCUGUUAUGCAUAGUUUUUUGCUCCAUUAUCCGGAAUUGGUUACGGAUGACAUUACACGACGUCUUCUUACACCCAUCGAAAGUGCUUUGGCUAUGUUGAUAAAUUUUACAUCAGUUCUGAAAAGCUAUGGACAACACUUGAAAGCACCAACGGCGAUGGUACGACUGCGUUUGUAUGAGACCCUCACUUUACUGCCAGCGAAUGCUCUGGAAUCUUCCUAUACCCAUCUGCUACGCAUGUUGGUGUCAGAAUUCACUCUCACAGAGAAUCCGGCAAACACGACAACCUCUCUCUUACGGCAAAUGUGCCAUGCGGAUGAUUCCAUUAUUCUGGGGACAUGGCUGCAAGAAACGGAUCAUCGCAGUAUUGAAGAUCAGAUGGAACCAAAUCGUAAAGCCGACCGCGAAUAUCUUCAACCCAACAGUGCUGCAGGUUCCGGAGCUCUCGAGCAUGAUCCUUGUUGUCUGUAUCGUACCAUUACAAGUGGAGAGCAAUGUCCCGGUCCAUUACCGCUGGGUGUCGCUGUAAUAGAUCAGUCGGUUACAUUGUUUGGAUUGAUUUUCCCAAAGGUAGCCAAUAAACACCGGCUGCAGAUGCUAGAGCAUUUUGGGGAAUGCAUCAGACAUGCCAAGAGCUCUCGCCAAGAAGCUGUGCAAAUGAAUAUAUUUACUGCUCUGUUGAGUGGAUUGAAAGGGCUGACAGAAACUAAAUCUGGUAUUGGUCAGGAAGAAGUAAGAAAGAGUGCCACGAACUUGAUAAUUAACGCCCUGAUUUGCACUAAUCCUAUAUUGAGGUGUGCCGCUGGAGAAGCUCUGGGACGUAUUGCGCAGGUGCUGGGUGACUCUCGAAUCACUGCAGAGCUUGCUCAGACUAGUUUCGAUCGUCUCAAGUCGGCACGCGAUGUUGUGACUAGAACCGGUCACUCUCUCGCAUUGGGUUGCUUGCAUCGUUAUGUAGGCGGAAUGGGUUCAUCCCAACAUCUCAACACUAGCGUGUCUAUAUUACUAGCAUUAGCUCAAGAUGGAAGCUCACCUGUUGUGCAGGUUUGGUCUUUAUACGCACUGUCACUGAUUGCAGAUUCUGGUGGACCUAUGUUUCGGGGUUACGUUGAGCCAACACUCUCACUUUGUUUGAAAUUACUGUUAUCCGUACCACAAUCACACGUGGAUGUUCAUCAGUGUAUUGGGCGUGUACUGAGUGCACUUAUAACAACCAUGGGUCCUGAGCUACAAGGUAACAGUACUUCAAUUUGCACUGCUCGGACUUCGCUACUUUGCGCGGCAGCCAUCAUGCAAGCUCAUUCUGAUCCUCUAGUACAAGCAGAAGCUACUGGUUGUUUGCAACAACUUCAUCUCUUCGCUCCUCGACACGUCAAUUUAUCCACGUUAGUUCCUAAUUUGUGUCAAAAUCUAAACAGCAAUUAUUUAAUGCUACGUAAAGCUGCCGUUUCCUGUCUAAGACAAUUAACCACCCGUGAAGCGAAAGAAGUUUGUGAGCAUGCUUUGAAUUUGGUUAGUGACGUUGAUGGUUUCGCGCUUUCUGACUAUGGUUUACCGGGUGUUUUGUUUGGAAUGCUCGAUACUGAAAGUGAUAAUAUAAUGAUCAAAAAUAUUCAUGACACUAUAACAUCAAUGUUACAAAUACUGGCUGCUGAUAAUCUGUCUCAGUGGUUGAGUAUGUGCAAGAAUGUGCUGACCGUUGCUUCAGAAGCUGCUUUAACAGCGGGAGCAACCGAGACGGCAGGAUCCAAGGAAGAUGCGGACGAUGAUGCAGAAGAUAACGAGGGCGAUGAUGACAACAUUGAGUUCCAUGCCGAAGACAAUUUGGUAACCCAUCCGGCUGUUCAACCCCGUUGGCCUACUCGUGUUUUUGCAGCGGAGUGCGUGAGAAAAAUUAUAUCCACUUGUGAAAAUGCCAGCGCAGCUCAUUAUGAUUUAUUGCUAGCAAAAGAAAUGCAAAUUACAAAAUCCCGUGGCGAUUAUCUGGUCUUGCAUUUGUCAGAUUUGAUAAGAAUGGCCUUUAUGGCCGCAACCAGUGAUUCCGAUCAGCUUAGAUUAGAAGGACUGAAAACAUUACAAGAAAUAAUAGACAAAUUCGCACGAGUUCCUGAGCCUGAAUUUCCUGGCCAUCUUUUACUGGAACAGUUCCAGGCACAAGUUGGUGCUGCGUUGCGACCAGCUUUUUCACAAGACACUCCUUCUCAUGUGACAGCAGCAGCAUGUGAAGUCUGUUCAGCGUGGAUUGGUUCUGGAGUUGCGAGAGACCUCAAUGAUCUACGUCGUGUUCAUCAGUUGCUAGUGUCAAAUUUAAUUAAGCUUAAUGAUAAAACAAAUAGUACACAAUUGUACAACGAAAGUAUGGCAACGUUGGAAAAAUUAAGCAUUUUGAAAGCCUGGGGUCAAGUCUACAUAAUGGCAAUGAUGGGCAACGGUACUGCACCCGCUAGCUUGAUGCUGAAAAUGUUGUCUUCUUCCUCGACCACCAUCACAUCAUUGACUAAUGAAAGUCGUUCGACUGGUGAUGAAGAAUUUGGCGACUUUGAAAGUCGCGGAGAGAGUUUGUUGGCGUUAGUGCAACCGGAAUUAGACAAUUUAUCUACUCAUUGGUUAUCAGCUCUCAAAGAUUAUGCAUUGCUUUCAUUGCCAGCGGAUUACGCGAGUCAAUUGCCACACGAUGGUGGAGCAUUCUAUACCAACGACACUAUGAACUUGGCAAAACCAUACUAUUUGACAUCCUGGCCACCGAUAUUGCAUGCUGCAGCGCUGUGGCUUAAUGCUGAAGGAUUUGCUAAGAAUGAACAUGACUUCACAGUGACAAAAGCCAGCAACGAUGAUAAAACAAACGCAAACGAUAUACCUAGUGGUAAAACUAUAGAUAGGUUUAAUCACCAAAAUGCAACUGGGGUGGUGUGUGGUACGAUCUCUCACGGUAGUCUCAGUGCUGACCGUUUUCAUUUGGUAUUCGGUAUAUGUAUGGAAGCUCUCUGUAGUACUCGAACAAACGAAAAACUGGAUAGUGUUAUUGCGUGUUUGCAAUCUUUGUAUACAAUUUUCGAUUCAAAAUGGGCACGUUUAAUGCUAUCCAAAAAUAAAUCGCUGCCUGUUGAGCUAUGUAAUGUUUUACAUCGUUUGAUACUCACGAGGGAUAGUGUUGAAGUUCAGUUUCUAUGUAUUCUGAUAUUGAAGCAGACUAUUAAAGCUAGCAGUGAAUCCUUGGAGUUGGAGAAACAAGAUAAACAAGCUGAAGAAAAAUCUAAAGAUGAGAACGAUAGCAAUGUCGAUGUUGAUAUUCUCGGGGAAGGAGGAGAGGAAGGCGAAAUUUUGCCUGGCAAAUCACAUGUAUACGCGGUAAUGGAAGUUAUUCUCUGUCUCCUGGCACGUCAAAUUCCUGCCAUGAACCCAUCGCAGAGCGCUCGCGUUGCCACCGAACAACUGCAACGUCAGAUGACGCAAGCAAAAAAUGGCCGGUUCAAAUUAUCCGAGGACAACAGCCUGCUGGUGGCGACUGCCAUUCAAAGUAUGUCGGAUCUUACGAAGCUUUGCUCACCAACAGGCGCAGUGUCUAUUCUUCCGACAAUACUUUACCUCACCACCAGUGUCAUAAAAGAAGUGGCCACCAAAUCAAUCACUGAUGAAACUAUCAUAGCCAAUUCUAACAUAAUCCAAGCGGCACUGCAACUGUUAAAAGCCCUAGCCACCGAUUGCUAUGCCAAACACGAACUUUCAUCCGAUGAAUGGAAAAAAUUGUUACAGAGCGCAUUAGGAAAGAUCAUCGAUCUCACCAAAACGGGAUGCGAAGAGACUAAACUGGAUGAAGUGACUAUGAUGCUGGCCAUCGCUGUCUUCCUACUACACACACCAUCGUCCCUGGUAGCGGUACCGAACUUGCAGUACCCCUGUAUUAAUCAUUUUCGACAGUGCUUAAUAAGUGGAUCCCCGAUGGUACGACUGAAGUGUGUACAAACUAUGCGAUCCAUUUUCAUCAACACGGAUUUGAAAAUCGCAACUCCCUAUAUCCAUGCCCUGGCACCGCGACUCGUUGAAAUACUUUUUGCUGAAAACAACAGAUGUCCCCAAAAUGACAUGGAACUUGCAUUUAUUCUGGAAGGCAUAACCAGUUUAGAAGCUUUGACAGCGAUAGCUGAGCCAAACAACCAAGAAUCAAUUCAAGGUACACAAAUGCUAACUUUAUUGGUUCCUAUACUCAUCAAUUAUCUUCUGGAACCGGACCAGUUGAGAAACAAGACCAAACAAUGCGUUCAACUGCACGAGCAGGCAAUCCAGUGGCUAAUGAAAAUUGGACCAAAGUAUCCAUCAGAAUUCAAAUCGUUCAUGUCGCAAGCCCCAGAGCUGCGCAUUAAAUUGGAAGUGGCAAUCAAGCGAAAUCAAAUGAGCGCAAUUCAAGCAAAAAAUAAAAGCGAAGCCGCUAAUGCGGUGGCACGAGCUAGUGCUACACAACAACAGAAACCUACAAUUCAAUUGAAAACUGACUUUAGCAAUUUCAGCACGUAAAGUACAUUACGCUUCGAAAGUAACGAAAAUGUGGAAUUUGAAUUAUGACUAUUAAAAAAACAUUUAAAAUAAACAAUCAUAACCAUAAUUCUGCAUGCCUAACCGCCCGUUACCGGUUUGUUUGUGUAAAAUACAAAUAUCUACUUUUCGUUUAAAGAACCGGAUGGAAUAAAAAAAGUAGUUUCUAACAGUUAUAAUUUUAUUCAGAUUGACUAUGAUGGCAGUAUGCAUAAAUAGAAGUAUCUACUAAACCGGACCUUCAAAAGCCAAGUUUGUUUGACAUUUAGAUUGCAUAAACAUGUGAUGCAUCAAUUUGAGUAUUUUUUCUCUAUCUCAAACAAAUAAUUGUUUUAUCUUAAGCAUUCGGACGGAUCCUUUCGCGAAUUUUAAUAACAAAAAAAGAAAUUUGAAUUGAAACUCUGCGAAGGAUUGAUAUUUGUAUUUUGUUACAAAUGAUAUGACGGUGGGUGAUCAACGGUAACUAAGUAACUGAAAUAUAAGUAUUGGCUGUAUUUAUUACUAGACAAAAUUAGCAAUGUUUCCUACUAAAAUGAAUCAUGUAAAAAUUUAUUUACGUUUUAUUGUAGUUGUAUGACUAAUUGUUAUUUUCAACGUAAUUCAAAUAAAGUAUUACUACCAAUUAUACUUA